AUGCACCAUCUGUCAACGUUAGUAGUGCGAGGAUGUCACCGACAGGUGCUUCACAGUGGUGUGCGAGACACACUGGUCCAAGUAAGGGAAAGGCACUGGAUCGUGGGUGCACGACAACUGAUAAAGAAGCUCAUCAAACAGUGCAUCAUCUGUCAGCGAUUCCAUUCAAGACGAGCGGAAGAAGCGGUACCACCACUACCAAAGGAACGAGUGACAGAGGCGUUACCUUUCGAGGUCACCGGAAUGGACUUCGGUGUGCCAUUGUUAGUAAAAGGCAGGAGGAGUACCCACACGUCGUACAUCACGCUUUUUACAUGCGGUGUAACUAGGGCAAUUCACCUAGAGUAUGUUGAAGAUAUGUCUACAGACACGUUUCUACGAGCAUUCAGACGAUUCGUCUCACGACGAGGAGUACCACGGAUCAUCUACACUGACAAUGCUCUGUCUUUCAAGCGGUCCAAGAAGCACCUGGAAGAACUUUGGAAUGCAAUUCGGAACCCCGCGGUGCAAGAUCACUUCGCAGGUCAGAAGGCACAGUGGAAAUUCAUCGUGGAAAGAGCCCCUUGGUGGGGUGGGUUCUACGAGCGUCUGAUGGGAUCCACGAAGCUGGCGUUGAAGAAAACUAUAGCGACAAAGUUUUUGUCUGCGGACGAGCUGACAACGUACCUGUGCGAAAUAGAGGCAGUCUUGAACUCAAGGCCCCUCACCCACCUCUAUGACGAACCUCAGGAGCCAGUGCCACUUUGCCCCGCUUACUUUCUCGCAGGAAGAAGACUGACCACGCUACCGAACUUAACGGGUCCGGAAGUGACUAACAUAGCACACAAUCAGCUGCGCAAGUCGUGGUCGGAUCGCCAAAUGGUUUUGGCAGCAUUCUGGAAAAGAUGGUCCAAAGACUAUCUUGCAGAGUUGAAAACAGGGCCGUCAACAAGAGGACGGAAAACUCGUUUUGCUGCAAGAGACUAUGCUGCCUCGGCAGCAGUGGAAGAUGGCAAGAGUCGAACAGUGUUUCGUCGGAAGAGAUGGGAAGGUCAGAUCGUGCAUGCUGAAGCUUCCGAGCGGAAUAACUUUGAAGAGACCAAUUCAACUAUUAUACCCCCUUGA